ACUGACCUCAGUCUAAGAUUACCGCCACACCCCUUGAAGGCUUUUUCGACCAUAAAAGAAAACCACGCCAACGAAACGCAGUCACUCCAAAACCCCAAACACCAUCGUUAAUCAGUGCUCCGGAAUCACUGAAAUCUCUUCUCAGAAUCGCCAUCACUCCCUCUCUGCAUUGUUUGUGUAGGUAUUUUGAAAGUUUAUAUGGAAGGAGAAGAUAGCAUAUUAGAUUCAAUAUAUGAUGAUAACUUUGAGGAUGAUGGUGAGGAUGUCGAAAUGCUCGAUGUCGAAGAAGGGGAGUUUGUGGUGCAUGAAUCACCAAACGGCUCGGUACAGGGGAGUGGUGGGAAUGACAGUGGAGCAAAUCAAGAGCAUCAGAGCAAAGGUAGCAAGAAUAAGAGGAAGAAGAGGAGAAACAGGAGAAAGAACAGCGGCGGCCCGAGGACUAAUGCAUUUGACUUAGACAGGUUUGUUUCGGAGACGUGUAGAAAUUUGAAAGAGCAUAAGUCGUAUUUGGUAUACACUGCUGUUGCUUGUCUUGGUGUUGCUGCAUUGUGUGAUCUCAUCAAAGAGGUGAAUGCAAUCCAGGCAUGUGGAGGUCAGAUGACUGCUAAUGGCAGACGUUUGCGGACAGGUGGUGGUCUGCUGUGGAAUAUUAUCAAAGCACGAGAGCCAAAGGCCUAUAAAGAGAUCAUGAAGAAAGCAAGGGAAUUUGAGAAGCAAUUCAAGCGACCAUAUAAUAUACAAUCACCAACAAGCCAAAGUAAAGAAGAACCAUCCCAAGUAUUUGCCACUUCAUCAGAGGAUGGAACUCCAGCCAAAUUUUUGAAUGAUUUGCAACAUGUAUCUGAAAUGACUGAAAUUCCUGAAAUGCAGACUCAAGACAAUCCUUCAAAUCCCCGAAGAAAACAUGUUUCUGUUCAUGAUAGGCUGAGGGUACCUGUGUCAUAUGAUGAUGACCUGCUAGCAGGGAAACCCAAAGAUGAUGCAAUUUGAUUGCGAAGAUUAUAUUUUUCUGUUCCUGAAUGGUUGGUCAGAGGGUUGGCAUUGACUUUACUCACAGACGGAGUCAUUUAUUUGUUUUUACCAUAGUUAGAGAGUGGAAUAUACCGGCACUAUGAACUUGUGUUUAAAGAGAUUUUCCUAUGAAUCUAUAAGUGCUUUUGCCCCUAUGGUUGGUUCUUAUUUCAAUUGAUUCUCCAUGUGGGAAAUGUACAGUACAGAAGUUCA